UAAGACGCAGAUAAGACGCAGAUCACAAGACGCUGGUCUGGUUUUUGCGUGCAAGCUUUUGUGCUGUAGUGUUAAGUCUCGGGACAUACCACUUUCUGUUCAUUGUUUAGUUCAAAUAGGUCCUUCUACCAAUUUUCCCAAACAUGUUGAUUCCAGUAGUUGAUUUUGGAGCAUACAAAUUAGGGGAAAACGAAGUUUCAGGCGAGCAGUUAGAAAUCCUCAGCUGGCAGAUAAAAAAGGCAUUUACUGAAGUUGGAUUUGUUUACCUACAACACACUGGUAUUACACAACUGGAGGUGGACGAGGUUCUGAAAAUAUCCAAGACAUUCUUUCUGCUACCAGACGAAAUGAAAAAACCCUUCAGCAGGAAAAGCUUUGCAAAUAAUCCUAACCAUGGUUGGGUGUCUUCCGAGACUGAGAGAUUAAACCCCAAAAGACCAGGAGACCUAAAGGAAGUCUUCAACAUUUCUUCCCUUCACCCCGAUAUGAGAUGGCCGUCGGAUAUGUUCCGUGAAAUCCAGUCAUCGUUCUUCCUGCGCUGUAAAGACUUGUGUCUCCGCGUGCUUCGAGUGAUGGCCCACAGUCUGGGCCUGGAACCUGAGGUGUUCCUGAAUGCACACAGGCUAAUUGGUUCCGAUGAGAACGGCAGUACCCUACGGUCCCUGUAUUACCCCGAGGUGAGGAGCGACAGAGUGAAGGAGGGCCAGCUGCGCUGUGGGGAGCACUCGGACUAUGGAAGCAUCACCCUGGUCUUCCAGAGCCAAGAAGGUGGUCUGCAGGUGCGGACCAGGUCAGGGGAAUUUGUCAAUGCUCCAAGCAUCCCUGGGACCGUAUUGGUCAACAUAGCUGACCUGAUGCAGAGGUGGACCAGUGACGUUCUUCUCUCAGCGGUCCAUAGGGUUUUGCUGCCCCCUGCUGGAGACUCAAGCACACGGCAGUCCAUGGUUUUCUUUGUGCAGCCGGACGAUGAGGCCCUCAUCACUUGUUGUGAUGGUUCCAACAAAUACCCCCCGGUGAAGUCAGGGGCCUAUCUCAUGGAACGCUUCAGUGACUCCUAUGGGAGGGAGUGAACAUUUCCCAUGCCUAACAUAUGCCUUGAUGUACAUCUUAGUCUUGGUGACUUUUAAAUAUAUUUUAAACCGACUCCUAAAUUUAAUACACGCAGGCUUGCUUCAAUGUAAUUUAAAAUAACCACUAAUUAGAGAAAAGGAGAGUAUGGGGACACACCUCAUCUGUACUGAUAACCAGAGAUGGGCAGUAUUUCAAUUGACCUGCGUGAAGUUGGCCCCCCACCCAACGCAAAUCUUCGGCAAAAUAGGCUCAAUCGCCUUUUAUGACUCAGA